CAGGGCGCACAGGGGAAGAGACUAUAUAGAUAUAUAUAUCCAUCCACAGUACAACACACACGCAGACACUGCAGCUGAAGUUUAACUUCAAACUGCACAACACGGUUUCAUAAAAAUACCAUUUGAUGCACUGCGUUCAGCAACAGACAACACAGUACUAACUGUUGUUCAUAAAAGUAAUGGUCAAAAUGAGCAAAUGUUUUAUGAUUUGACAUGUAUGGCCCCUACAGCAGCUACAACUACAAAUCUGUGAACAUCACCAUCAUCGAGCUGUGGAGGCCUGAACCCACAGGCAUCAUUAAGGUUAAUGGCUACAGCUGUAUUUACAGUGUCUUAUCUUAUACUUUCCUUUCCUUUUCAUUUCCAGUAUACUCACUGAUUCUCUUGCCCACAGUGGCCUCAGAAGUCAUUGCACCUUUGUAUAUCCCUAUUUGUCGUAUCAAAAUUUAGGAAAAUGGUAAGACAAAAGGGAGAAACCUUUGGAGAGGCCAUUCAAAGAGCUUCAGUUGACAUUGACUUGUUUAUUUCUGCAUAUGAAAUUAAAUCUGUCCCAGGGGUACAAAUGUUGUUCCAUAGGACAAAUCUGGGCCAUGUCCAGGAUCCGUGUGGACUGCUCCCUACGUUAGAGUUAUUUGCAUACUACUUCUGGUGGAAAGUUUAAGAACAUCCUUGGAGAGUGAACCAACCUGAUGAAAAACAUUUCACAGGCUGAAGCAGCUCACUUCUGCAAUUUCUGCUGAUGAGCACAUGAAUCCCAUGCAGGAGACAUGUUACUGCAAUUGCAAUAUUCAAAGUUAGACUUAAUGUUCAGGGUUUUUUUACACACUCUUCUUAUAUCUGCACUUUUCAAUCAAUAUUUCAUGUAUGUAUCUGUUGAUGGAUAACAGAGUAAAUGUAACAUACAUAACUCUUGAUGGGUACGUGGAUUUGUACAAAUACAGAUAUCUUUAUUUUGUCAUCAUGUUCACAGCUUAUAUUCUAAUAAUCUGCAGUAAUUCUACUGUUGUGUAUCUCAUCUGGAUUCAUCAAAACCUCCAUGAGCCCAUGUACAUUUUCAUUGCAGCUCUGUUAAUCAACUCUCUUGUUUUCAGCACUUUGAUCUACCCAAAGCUGUUGAUUGACUUUUUAUCUGAGAAACAGAUCAUAUCUUAUUCAGCCUGCCUCUUUCAGUAUUUUAUGUUUUACUCUUUAGGUGGUUCAGAGUUCUUACUGUUGGCAGCCAUGUCUUAUGACAGAUAUGUGUCCAUAUGUAAACCUCUGCAGUAUCCAGCUAUCAUGAGGAAAACAACUGUCAGCAUCUUUCUGGCUUUAGCUUGGCUUGUGCCUGCAUGUGAGCUUGUGGCGUCGUUAUCAAUGAGCGUUAAUAGUAAACUCUGCAGCUUCAACCUGAAUGUCAUUUUUUGCAAUAACUCAAUUUACAAACUUCACUGUGUGACCUCAAGAGCUCAGUCUAUUUAUGGUGUGUUCAUUUUGCUAAAUGUUGCACUUUUUCCUGUGCUCUUUGUACUUUUCACAUAUGCAAAAAUAUUUAAAAUAACCUAUCGAAGUAGCAGAGAAGUCAGGAAAAAAGCUGCAGAGACCUGUUUGCCUCACCUGUUGGUUUUGAUCAACUUUUCUCUGUUGUGCACAUAUGAUGUUAUUAUAGUCAGACUGGAAUCUGAUAUUCCAAAAAUUGCACAUUUAAUAUUGACUUUGCAAUUGAUUUUGUAUCAUCCUCUCUUUAAUCCCAUCAUAUACGGACUGAAAAUGAAAGAAAUUUCUAAACAUCUGAAGAAGUUGUUCCGUCGAGACAAAAUGAACUGAUGUUAUCAACCCUGAUGAGAGAUGGGAUUUCUUGGGUUAUUUUAGAGAUUCAAUGUUGUAAUGUGUUUUCAUAACAGUAAAGUCCACUGUCUGCUGCAGUAGUGUGUUCACUAAUUAAUUUUCUACAAUAUCUCGAUAUCUAACUUCAGCGUCCUGUGAAACACAAGAUUGAUCCUGUGAUGUGAUCCGGUGUUUCAUUUCUCUUUAAAUUAACUCUAUAAAUACAGAAACCUAUAAAGGAUAUAUUACAUACGGUAACUUGAACUAAGAGCUGAAAUCUUACUGCAGUUUCUUUGGCCUCUCUGUUAACUUUAACAUCACUGCAUGGCUUCUCACCUGUAACAUUAGUGAACCGCAAACACAGAAUCAGUGCUGAAGGACUGGGACUCUUUAAUCUGGAUUAAUAUUCCAGAGAACAUCAAAUCAGCUAGUUUAGCAUCUCUGUGGAAAUCAUUUCUGACAUCAUUCAUUUACCACAAUGA